AUGUCGCAGUCCCAGAGAUCGAAGACUCCUUCUGUCGACCUACCUGUCUACCAGCCACCUGUACGCCAGAACUCCCAAUCGACGCAAGCCAGUCGAACUACUCAGAACACGCACAGCACAUACCGCAGCAAAUCAACGCAUCAUUCGAAUCGUUCAGGCCGCAGCAAUGCCUUUGAGAGGCCCCGCGGCAGCAAUGAUUCUUCAAGCACACUUGUCGGAUCUGCGCUUGAACGUAAAAACACUUUCGCUGAUUCCUUGCGGGACGUGGUGCACACGUCGGAGAGAUUAGCGGAGCUACGGAAACAGAUGGAGAAAGAACAGCUGGAUUUCUACAUUGUGCCAAGCGAAGAUGCUCACGGGUCUGAAUAUGUGGCGGAGAGUGACAAACGAAGGCAAUAUAUCUCAGGAUUUUCGGGUUCUUCGGGACAGGCAAUCGUCUCUAAGACGGAGGCUUACCUCAUCACUGAUUCUCGGUACUGGAUGCAAGCAACAGAGCAAUUGGAUGCUAAUUGGAAGCUGGUUCGUGCCGGUGCCUCGGGGGAACCAAAAGAUUGGAUAGACUGGCUUGUGCCGCGCGCCCAUAACUCAAAAAUUGGCAUAGAUGGACGUAUGCUGCCGUACGAGCAAGCUAUACUUAUCAGUUCCAAGAUCAACCCUUUGGGGGCAAAAUUGGCGUAUCCAGUGCAGAACCUCAUCGACUUGAUUUGGAAAGGUAAACCCACGAGGUCGAAAGAGCCCGUUUUCCAGCAACCGAUACAAUUUUCAGGCGAAGAGGCCGCUUCCAAGAUUGCCAAGGUCCAGGCGUGGAUUAAGAACCAGCCUCCGGAUGUCCCUUCCUACUCUCGCUCGGAACCAAAGCCGUCGCAAUAUCAGGUCGGAGCGCUCGUCACAUCCUUGCCUCAGAUAGCGUACUUAUUGAAUCUGCGAGGUUCAGAUAUCCCAUUCAACCCGCUCUUCCAUGCAUAUCUCUUCAUCGGACUCGACAGCGUUAUCUUAUUCUUGGAGGGAUCCAAAGUAACUGAAAACAUCGCCUCUUACUUGGAAGAAUUAAAGGUAUUGCGGCGAGACUACAGCGACAUCUGGGCCUUCCUGCGCAAGAGAGAAUGGGGUGAAGGCAAGAUCAUAAUAUCACCGCAGUCUUCUUAUACUAUCUCACUUGUGCUGUCGCACUACCGGUGUAGUGUACUACCGUCACAUGUGGAAUACAUGAUUUCAGUCAAGAAUGAGACGGAGUUGAAGGGUCUGAGAAGAGCGUACAUGCGAGAUGGAGUUGCCUACGUCCAGUUCUUGGCUUGGCUUGAGGACAAGCUGAAUGCCGGCUACGAUAUCACAGAGUGGGAAGCCGCACAACGCUUAACAGAAUUCCGCAGGAAGCAAGAGUAUUUCAUGGGCCUUGCUUACCAGAACAUAUCCGCAAGCGGACCGAACGCUGCUCUUCCCCAUUACUCGCCCCGCAAGUCAGAAGCACGGAUGAUUGACAAGGGCACUCCGUAUCUCAACGACUCGGGAGGACAGUACCGGGACGGGACAUGUGACACUACUCGAACCAUACAUUUUGGUCGACCAGACGCGGAGCAAUGUGAAGCAUUCACAAGAGUUCUGCAAGGUCAUAUUGCAAUCGAUACCGCUGUGUUCCCGGAAGGUACAUCUGGCCGUCAACUAGACGUUCUGGCACGUCGAGCCCUGUGGAAGGAAGGCUACAAUUACUUGCACGGAACCGGACACGGCUUUGGAUCAUUCCUGACUGUGCAUGAAGGCCCGCAAGGAUUUUCGAGUAAUGUGCCUUUGGUUCCGGGGCAUGUCGUCACCAAUGAACCUGGGUUUUACAACGAUGGGAAGUGGGGUAUUCGUAUUGAGUCGGCCCUCUCUGUGCGUCGUGUCACGACCCGGGGAGAAUUCAAUGGACCGAUCUGGCUCUCGUUUGAACGUCUGACUUGUGUCCCCAUCCAGACGCGCAUGAUCAAGGACAGCAUGCUGACCAAGGAGGAGAAAGCAUGGAUAAAGGAUCACAAUGCCGAUUGUUUCAAGAAGCUGAAGCCUCUGCUACAGAGUGAUAAGCGGACACUCAGAUGGAUAGAUCGUGAGUCCAAGCGUGAAAUAGGCCUUGCUGGUGCGGGUCCUGGAGGUCUGGUUGUUGACUGGGGUUAA